GUUUUUUCAGGUCGUGGGUAUGUAUUUGCAUAUCAUUUUAAAAAAUUGUCGUACUUUUUUAUACGAGGAGCGUUAUGACGUGGCAACAUAUCAGAGCUUGUCCAUCUGGCAUCCCUCCUUCAACAGCGAAGACGAUCGAGGGUGAGGGUGCAUCAUCAGAAUUCCAAACUCGUAUUCUCUGACACGAUCCCAUUAUACAAAUACUAAAUGUAAACCGUUCUUCUCCAUUUCCUCCGACGAUUCGCAUUGUUCAUCUCCAUUCUCCGAUCUCCCUCUCUCCCAUGGCGAUGAUGCGCACCAGGAGCCAAUUGAACGCGUCGUCCCUGGCGCCUCCUCCGCCUCCCCCGUCUCCCAUCCCCACCGCCAAGGGAUCUCGCACCGCCGCCAGCGAGGUCCUCACCGAGAUCAUCGAGAGAUCCGUCCAAAUCCCGGAGCUCACCCUGCCCGAUUCCUACAACGGUGGCGCGUCUUGCGUCACGCGCCACCAUCCCAUCCCGGCGGAGAUAGAUUUCCGGCUUCUGGCGUCUCGGAGGACCAGCUCGGUGGAUCGGCUGAUGCGAUCGGCGCGUGAGUUCGGGGCGUUCAGGAUAAGCUGGCACGGGAUAUCGAGCGAGGAGGUGAGGUCUCUGGUGAGGGAAUCGGGUCGGGUUUUCGGAGUUUUGGAGGAGAGAGACACCGGAUUUCGCCGGAGUGUCGUCGGAAACAGGGACGAGAUCAUCUGGGUACGGUCUUGGACCGACCGCAUGGACUGGGCUCGCGAGUAUAUCGGCCCUGAGCGCUACCGCUGCUUCAGCCAAGAAAUGGAGAACGUGGCGGAAAAACUGGAAGCGAUUGCGAAGAAGCUGGGGCAAAUCAUCGUGGAGAACGCGACAAAACAGAGCGAGAAGAGAAUCAAGAGAGGAGAAUCAGUGCUAAGUGUGUACAGGUACAAUCACGAAAACAUCACAGAGCAAAGCCCUCCAUUGCCCCGGGAGAAGAAGGAGGAUUCGCUCGACUACACACUCUGCCUUCACCUUCCCGCCAAGAACUGCGAGUUCCGGGUCCGGUCAGGGAAGAGUCCGCUCUCUUUCCACGCAGAUCCGGACACCAUUCUUGUCACUUUCGGCCGCCAACUUGAGGAAUGGAGCGUAGGAGAAUUCAAAAGCCAUAGAGGAGAGAUCAUAUAUCAUCCAGACGCGUACGGAUCACGCUCGUCCUUCUCGAUAGAGCUAAAGUGUACGUCUCUAAGCUUAUCGAUGGGUUACACCAAAACACCCUCCAAAGCAUCAUUCUCCAUGACCGAUCAGCUCCUUGCCUUCGUCGUCAUUCUCUCCUUGCUCCAAUUCUUGGCCUUUAUGGUUUCCAAAUCUUGAUGGAAAACGCAAUGCAAUGAGCGUUUAGAUUCUCUGGGUCGCGGUUUACAAGGGAUUGGAACUCUGCUUCUUUUAGCCUAGAGAGGGGGGUGCUUGCUUCUUCGGGUCCUUUUUAUGUGUAAACUUGUCCUACUUAUUUGGCAGAUUGUGUGCGCGUGGGAACACACACACACAUAUAUAUGCGUGGGUUGUACACAAGGCAAGACUCGGGUUUGGUUUCUUCAAACGAAACUAUUGAUUUGCAAAUGAAAUGCGUAAAUAAACAUGUCAUUUGGUGUACCAAAACCUUAACG